AUGCUGACCGUCGGCACGGUCGUGCUGGACCUGCUGGACGGCAACGCGCCGAUCGCCGCCGACCCGGAGGCUGGAGGCCUGGAGGCGUGCGUCGAGGACCUCGGCACUCGGCCCCCCGGCCUCCACCUGCCCGAGUUCCGCGCGGCCGCGAGCUGCGCCGGGUCGAGCCUGCGUGGGGGUCUGAGCGGCCUAGGCCUGGCCGCCGCCGGGAUGGCGGAGAGGGUGAGCGCCGUUGCCGACGCCGCCGACGCCGCCGAUGCAGAUGAAACGCCGGCCGGCGAGGCUCCCAGCCCGCGGCGUGUGCCGCCCGCCGAGGCGCUGCUGGCGGCCGCCGCGUCCUUCCUUGCCGCCCUGGUCGAGCACACGCUGGCCGCGGGGCAGGGAGCAGGCCCCGCCAGGGUCCUGUCGGAGCUGCUGACGGGGGGCCUGCUGGCGAGGAUGCUGGCUGGACGCGCCGCCGCGCCCGCAGCCCUCUCAUUGCUCGGCCGCGCCCUGCUGGACCCGGAGCUCGGCACUGCACUGGACGCCGCGCUGGGGCUGGUCCACGCCGGGGCCGCGCCGGCGCUGGCCCGAGUGGUCCAUGCCGCCGUGCUCGCCCGGCCAGCAAAUGGUGGCGGUGGUGAGGGCCCGGCGGGUGACAGGGCAGAUGGCGGUGCUGGCGAGGGCCCGGCGGUGGACUGGGGACCCGAUGCCAGGGCCACGCUUGCGCACGAGGCGCUGACGCUCCUCAAGCACCUGCUCCAGCAUCGGGACCUCAGCCGGGCGGCGCUGGACUCGAUGUGCCUGGACUCUGACGCACUGUGGCGCUGCAGCCUGGCCUGCAGGCACCUGGAGGAGCGCCUGCCGCUGGGGCGGGGCGGUGACGGUAGCCUGCCGCUCAUGGAUAACGAUGGCGACGGCGACCCCUUUUUGGACGACGAGGGCGACGCCCCUCUCCUCAAUGACGUGGGGUUGCCAUCUGGCGAGGAUGCAGGCCCGCAGAACGAGCAGCGAGGGGACACGUCACCCCAUGUCAGCUGGGAAGCCCCGCUGCCGUCCCCCUGGAUGGAGCAGGGGCAGUUUGAUGCGCCGUCGCAGGUGGCAACGUCAGACACGCUGGCAGCGCUGGCCAAGUCUGUGGCAAGACGCAUGGCACAUGCCUACAGCGAGCGAGCCCGUGGCUGA